AUGCACAAAUUCGGGGAGCCAAGAAUGGCAUUACUGGAUCACAUCACCCACCACACUAGUAGUCGUCGUGACGCCUUCCCUUCCACUCUCGCCGCCGCCGACGCCGACGACGACGCCGCCGACGAGGAGGAGCCAAGAAUUGCAUGGCGGGAUACGCGGCGGAGGCGGGCGCAGCUGCUGGCGCGGGGCGUGGGCGCGCAGCACGGCAUCCGCCGCUGACGUCGCUGGUGGUGUCCACCAUCGCCGCCUUCUCCGCCGUCGUCGUCUUCGCCAUCCUCCGCUCGGUGCGUGCGGCGUCUCGUCUCUUCGAUCUCACUCUUGUAGUCUUGUUCUUGGCGUGUUCGAUCGGAUCGAUCACCUGUGGAUGGCGGCGUCCAUGGCGUGCGUGUGUGCAGGCGUACGACGCGGCGGUGUCGAGGACGACGACGCUGCUGGGGCACAACCUGGAGCCGACGCCGUGGCACCUGUUCAAGCACGACAAGGGGCGGCCGCCGGCGCGCGCCGCGUUCCGGUGCGCGCCGUCCCUGACCUGCCGGCCGCCGGUGGCGCAGCCGGCGCCGGGGACGACGAACGCGAGCGCGAACGCGUCGGCCGCGCCGCGGCUGUGCCCGGCGUACUUCGGCGCGAUCCGGCGCGACCUGGCGCCGUGGCGGCGCGGAGGGGGCGGCGUGACGCGCGCGCUGCUCGACGCGGCGCAGCGGCGGGCGUCGAUGCGCGUGGCCAUCACCGGCGGCGGGCGGCGGCUGCACGUGGAGCUCUACUACGCGUGCGUCCAGAGCCGGGCGCUGUUCACGGCGUGGAGCCUGCUGCAGCUGAUGCGGCGCUACCCCGGCCGCGUCCCCGACGUCGAGCUCAUGUUCGACUGCAUGGACCGCCCGGCCAUCAACCGCACCGACUACGGCGGCGGCGGCGACGGCGACCACGGCUCGCCGCCGCCGCCGCUGUUCCGCUACUGCACCACCCGGAACCACUUCGACAUCCCUUUCCCUGAUUGGUCCUUCUGGGGCUGGCCUGAAACGAACAUCGAGCCGUGGAGCAAGGAGUUCAGGGACAUCAAGGAAGGGGCCAAGGCAAUCAAAUGGCAAGACAGAGUGGCAACGGCGUACUGGAAGGGCAACCCUGACGUGGCGUCGCCAUUGAGGGUCGCAUUGCUUAACUGCAACGACACCAACAUGUGGCACGCCGAGAUCAUGCGCCAAAAUUGGGAUGAGGAGGUCAAGUCCGGGUACCAUAACUCCAAGCUCUCCAGCCAAUGCACCCAUAGGUAUAAAAUAUACGCGGAGGGGUUCGCGUGGUCGGUGAGCCUAAAGUACAUACUGUCAUGUGGGUCCAUGGCGCUAGUGAUUGACCCGCAGUACGAGGACUUCUUCAGCCGUGGGCUGCGGCCGGAGGUGAACUUCUGGCCGGUGCACAUCGACGUCGCCGCCGGCGGCAUGUGCGAGUCGAUCAGGGACGCCGUGGAGUGGGGGGAGGCGCACCCGGCGGAGGCGGAGGCGGUGGGGCGGCGCGGCCAGCGGCUGAUGGAGGAGCUCGACAUGGACGCCGUCUACGACUACAUGCUCCACCUGCUCACCGAGUACGCGCGGCUCAUGCGGUUCCGGCCGGCGGAGGCGCCGCCGCCGCGGCCGCCGGCGCAGGAGGUGUGCGAGGCGUCGGUGCUGUGCCUCGCCGGCGAGAAGCAGAGGCGGUUCCUGGAGGCAUCGGCGGCGAGCCCCGCCGUGUCGGAGCCUUGCGUGAUGCCGCCCGAUGCCGGCGAGUGAUAAAAUGUGUUACAUUAUGUUUUUUUUAGAGCAACACGGUAGGAUACGUAGGCAGAAAAUUUGAGCAGUUCAACUUGGGAUUUUAGGAUUUGCUUUCAGCCUUAAACUUAUUUUAUUUUCAGCCGAGCGCAAAACAAUUCGAAAAUUUUGAGCAAGGCGUGCAUUUGAACCUCCA